CCUCCAGCAGCAGCUGCAGCAGCAUAAUUGGGAGUUUGCCGUCUGUCUUUCGUGGGGCGAACUGCCAUCCAACACACACACAGAGUGCACCAAGAGUUCAAGAGCACUAGCGUGCGUUUAACAACAAUUAAGGGGAGUGGAAAUAUCUGGGGGAAGUAUUCAGUUUAUCCAUCCACAUUUCUUUCACUCGGGCAGAGGUUGCGCAAGUGUCAUACUUUUGGUUAUUUUUCUUUGUGCGCCCGGCAAUUAAGAGGAGUGACGCUUCUGUCCACAGCGUGGGCAUGUGUUGCAAAUGAGAGAAGACAAAGUUGAGAGCGCAGGGUUGCAGAAAAGGACAGAGUGAAAACGGACCAAGACUACUCCACACACUAUGAAGAAAGAGAGCUCUGGUGAUCAGAGUCUGAAUGAAGCCGGUGCUCUAAACUGCAUGUCUGGCAGUAAUUAUGUCAGCAAAGGGAAGAGGAUUAAGGUACUAUCCCAUCCAGGGGUCUCAUUAGUGGGACUGAUGUUGCUGGCCAUCCUCCCUUUUGGAGCAAGCAUCAAACAAAGUCUCCCCAGGGUUAAACUCAGCCACAGAGAACUGUUGCAAGCUGGAAGCGUAUCUUUGUUUUUGGGACCCUCCGAUGGCCUCCUCUCCCACUCACUGCUGUUGGAUGAGGAGAGAGGUCGUCUUCUUUUGGGAGCCAGGGAUCACAUCUACUUGCUUGACCCUGACAAUCUGGCCAGAGGUCCCAGAAAGAUUCACUGGCCUGCUCCACGGGACCGAGUUGAAAUGUGCAAACUGGCGGGCAAAAAUGCAAAUUUGGAGUGUGCUAACUUCGUCAGGGUCCUCCACAAUUACAAUCGAACACAUGUCUACGCCUGUGGGACAGGAGCCUUCCACCCCAGCUGUGCUUUCAUUGAAAUCACUGGCCACAGAGAGGAUGGUGUAUUCCAAUUGCUGUCUAGUACAGUGGAGUCAGGCAGAUUGAAAUGUCCUUUUGAUCCCUUGCAGCCAUUUACCUCAGUCCUCACAGAUCAGUACCUGUAUGCGGGCACUGCUUCAGACUUCUUGGGCAAAGACACGACGUUCACACGCUCCCUCGGCCCACCACCUGACCAGCACUACAUACGCACAGACAUCUCCGAAGACUACUGGAUCAAUGAGGCCAGGUUUAUAUCUGCUCAUCCCAUUGCGGACACCUACAAUCCGGAUGAUGAUAAGAUAUACUUUUUCUUCCGUGAGGUGUCAUGGGAAGGCAAUGACAAGAGCAUCCUGUCCCGAGUGGCUCGUGUGUGCAAGAAUGAUGUGGGUGGGCUGAGGAGUUUGACCAACAAAUGGACCACGUUCCUCAAAGCCAGACUUGUGUGUUCUAUCCCUGGACCAGAUGGAGUGGACACACACUUUGAUGAGCUCCAGGACAUCUUCAUGCUUCCUACCAGAGAUGCCAAAAACCCCAUAGUGUAUGCAGUCUUCACCACCUCCAGCUCCAUUUUCCGUGGCUCAGCCGUGUGUGUGUACAGCAUGGCAGACAUAAGGGCAGUGUUUAACGGACCGUAUGCCCACAAAGAGGGGCCCGACCACCGAUGGGUAGAAUACGAGGGGAGGAUACCUUAUCCCCGUCCUGGAACGUGUCCUAGCAAGACAUAUGAUCCAAGGAUCAAGACCACCAAAGACUUCCCAGAUGAAGUGAUCAGUUUCAUUCGUUUCCAUCCGCUGAUGUAUCGCUCUGUGUACCCUCUGACUGGCCGGCCCGUGUUCACACGAGUCCGAGUGGACUACACACUGACUCAGAUUGUGGUGGACAGAGUUUUAGCAGAGGAUGGACAAUAUGAAGUCAUGUUUCUGGGAACAGAUGCUGGCUCAGUUCUGAAGGUGGUGAGCAUCACUCAAGAGAACUGGUCCACAGAGGAGGUAGUGCUUGAAGAACUUCAAGUAUUCCAGGUUCCCAUUCCCAUCCUCAGUAUGGAGAUAUCUUCUAAACAGCAACAGCUCUACGUGGGUUCAAGUGAGGGGCUUGCCCAGGUUUCACUCAGUCGAUGUCACCUUUAUGGCCAAGCCUGUGCUGAAUGCUGCCUGGCACGUGACCCCUACUGCGCCUGGGAUGGACGUACAUGUUCACGAUACAUCCCUGCAUCCAAGAGGCGAGCUAGGAGACAGGACAUCAAGUAUGGAGAUCCCGCUAGCCAGUGCUGGGACACAGGAGACAGCCUUGGUGGGGGACGUGUGGAGGAGAGGGUUCUCUUUGGAGUACAGAGCAACUCCACCUUCCUUGAGUGUAUCCCCAAAUCUCAACAGACCCAAAUCCAGUGGUACAUACAGAGAGCUGGAUCUGAACGCAGGGAGGAGGUCAGGCUGGAUGAUCGUGUUGUUCACACCGACCGAGGUCUCCUGAUUCGCUCCCUCCACGCCUCUGAUGCUGGCGUGUAUUUCUGUGUCGCUCAGGAGCACACUCACUUCACCCACACUCUCCUCCGUCUCACACUGCAACUUGUUACACAUGGACAACUUGACAGAAGGCCCAAGCCCAGCGAGGACCCCACGGUAGAGUUACGCCAUGGCGGAGAGUCUCGUCAACGUUAUAAAGACUACCUGAGAGUGAUGAGCGCCCCGAUUGGCUCUCUGGAGGAGUACUGCGAUUCACUGUGGCUUGAGAAGAGGCCGUCAAGGGUGAGAGGACGAGGCUUAGGAGCUGGCAAAUGGAAACACAUCCAGGAAAUGAAGAAGAGCAGGAACAGGAGACACCACAGAGAAAAGGAGCAAGAGAGAGUGCGAGGGAGGGCGGUGAGGACAGCAGAGCAGUGAGGGAUGUGGUUUAAAAAAAGCGUCAAGGGUUUAUUGCAGGGAGGAUACUGUUGGAUGAUGAAACAGACAUUAAACAGAACCGCAAAUUUUGCAAUGACAGAUCAGUCCAUGAGCAAGGAAAAUCUAACUUCAAGAUAAUGCAGCAUGAAAGACUAACACUAGCUCGAAAUCAGUGUAAUUUUAACAGGCUGUUUUAAACCAGCAUUGGUUGGAAAAUUUUCAUUUCUUUAUCUGCCAAGUAUGUAAGAAAAUUUCAGGUUUUUUUUCUCCCUACAGUAAUGAUAAAAAUGUUUGUGAAGUUAGUCAUCAGAUGAUAUUAAAACAAGUGGUUGAAUUUGUGAUUCUGGGAAAAUAUAUAAAUACCCAAAGAGUUUGCUCAUGGUGAUGACAAUGCAUUCAUGUUGAAUGACUGUAAAUAUUUAUAUAACAUGUACAGGAGAUACAGCAUGCUCAAUUUAGUCUAAUUACUGAUCUGUAUAACUAUAAUGAUAAUCAUGUAUUAUGUUUGGGCUGACAAAGUAUUUUUGUACAAAUGUUUCACUCCUGUGUACUGUAGGUUCAGUAGAUGUUUUCUUUAUUGCUAUUUUUGAAAGUUAUUUAAAUAAAUCUGCCUUGGGGUCUUUGAUCCCUGAAUCAUGUA